UAAUAUUGUAAUAUCAAGCCCGUAAACGGCCGUUUCAUUAUAUUGGGCCGGUAUCACGGGCCUUAAAUUAUCUAGUAUCAAUAUAAAAGCAUUAUAAAGUCUUCAAUAAAUCAAUUCGGUGUUGACUACCCCCACCCACCAAGCUUGAAUGAGGUGUUUGACUUUUGAGUUUUGCCACUGUACAGUUUCAAUCUCUGGUUUUCUGCAAAUCAGAGGAGUAGGUCAAAGGCAUGGAUUCCUUUAUGUAUUAAUGAUUUAGCACACCAUGGGAAGCAAACAUUCGAAAGGAACAACUUACACAAGUGAUCCAGUUCCUUUUGCAGCUUUGCAACUUCCUUUUGCAGCUUUGCAAGAAGCAACUAACAACUUUGAUGACAAGUUUUUCAUUGCAGAGGGUGGAUUUGGGAAGGUUUACAGGGGUGUUUUACGUGAUGGAACAAAUGUGGCCCUGAAAAGGCAUAAUCGUAAGUUCCAACGAAGUAUUGAAGAGUUCCGAACAGAAAUUGAGAUUCUCUCACAGUUCCGCCAACCCAAUCUGGUUUCAUUGAUUGGAUACUGUAAUGAUAACAAUGAGAUGAUUCUAAUUUUUGAGUAUUUAGAGAAUGGGAACCUCAGGAGCCAUUUGUAUGGGACACAUCUACCCAUUUUGAGUUGGGAGCAGAGGCUGGAGAUAUGCAUCGGGGCAGCCAGAGGUCUCCACUACCUUCAUACUAGCAGAAUUAUACAUCGUGAUGUCAAGUCUUCAAACAUAUUGCUUGAUGAGAAUUUUGUUCCAAAAAUUGCUGAUUUUGGAAUAUCCAAGAAAGGGACUGACCUUGAUCAAACCCAUCUUAGCACAAGGAUAAUAGGAACAGUGGGCUACAUUGCCCCUGAAUAUGUUAUAAGGGGACAUCUGACAGAAAAAUCUGAUGUUUAUUCUUUCGGUGUUGUUUUAUUCGAAGUUCUUUGUGCUAGGCCUGCCAUAGGUCAUUAUAUUUCGAAAGAGAUGGUUAGUUUGGCUGAAUGGGCAAUUGAUUCUCAGAAGAAGGGACAAUUGGAACAAAUCGUAGAUCCCAAUCUUCUGGUCAAAAUAAGACCAGAGUCCCUCAGGAAGUUUGGAGAAACAGCGGUGAAAUGCUUAGCUGUUUCUGGUGUAGAUAGGCCAUCUAUGAGCUAUGUGCUGUGGAAUUUGGAGUAUGCACUUCAUCUCCAAGAGCCUGUCAUUCCAGAUUAUCCUGAAGAAGACAGUAGCUUCCCUAUUCGCGAGCUAUUACCGCUAAUCAAUGAUUUCACUGAUGUUGAUGCCAGUUCUAAUGUUGCUCAGGUUGGAACAUCAAAUUUGGAUGAUAUCUCUAGUGAUGAGCUUAUAAGUCCGAGAUAACUAUGUGAAAAUGGUACAUACCUUCCUUCGGUGUUUGUUAAUUCCACUUAUAUUUCCUGAAUCAUAUGAAUAUUUAUUUUUGGCUUUUGUAAUAAUUUAUUUUACUAAGUUUUGAGUUGUAUAUAGAAAGAAUGUUAACUUUGAAAACAUGCGUUGCUCUACCUGUGGAUAUGGGGUGUCCGGUUGUUUCA